AGAGAAGUUACAUACUUGAAUAUUUUCCAAGUUAUCCAGUGAAGAUCAAAAAAGAGGCAUCAUAUAGGAAUAAUAAGGCUUACUCUGAUUUUAAACCAAAUUUCUUCUUUCUUCUCACCAGAAUCGAGAUGACCACAGCCACCAGUUUGGGGGAUACCACCUUCUUCUCGUUGAACAUGACCACCAGGGGAGAAGACUUCCUGUAUAAGAGUUCUGGAGCCAUCGUUGCUGCCAUCGUCGUGGUUGUUAUCAUCAUCUUUACCGUGGUGCUGAUCCUGUUGAAGAUGUACAACAGGAAAAUGAGGACCAGGAGGGAGCUGGAGCCCAAGGGCCCCAAGCCAGCCUCCCCUUCAGCCCUGGGCCCGAACAGCAACAGAGGCCAACAGCCUGCAACAGUGACCUUCACCCCUGUUGAAGUCCACAUGGAGAACCGGUGACCUCCACCCUUGUGCUCUCUC